AUGCCCAUAAAAACCAAUCCUCGAACAGGGGAGCUCUACAUUCCCCUCCCUGCCCCUCACUCCAAUAUCAUCAUAACCCCUCCGCGCCGCGCGGGACCUGACUCGACGGAUCCCGACCCUGCUGACUGCGCGCAGCUGGUCUCCAUCCUCAACGACCCUCGCGUGUAUCCGUUCCUCGCGAGUCCGCCGCAUCCAUACCUGCUCUCUCAUGCAGAGGUGUUCUUCCGGAAAACCCUCGCGGCGAGUGAGCAGUUUUUGGCGGCGGCGAGGAAGGCAAGCGAAGGCGCGAGCGGGGGUUAUGUCGGUGGGUGUCCGUUCUCAAGUAUUAGGGAGAUUGUUCGAGAAAGGGAUGUAGAUGGCGAUUGGGAUGAUGAUGCUGGAUGGGAGAAGGAUGUACUCAUCGGAGAUGUGGGGAUUAUGCGAUAUCCGUUCUAUGAAUUGCCUGAAGGGAGUGAGGAGCGGAAGGAAGCGCAGGAACGCAAUGCCAAAUUAGAAUCUGGGGAUGAGAAGAUUGUCUGGACGAUAGGAGAUUAUCUAGCUUCCUCGCAUCACGGCCGAGGGAUCAUGACCGCUGUCGUACGGGCUCUUAUCAACGAAUGGGCAGUCCCCCACAUGAACGCGCGUAUUAUCAAGGUAUCUACAUACGUUGGAAAUACGGGGAGUGUGCGAGUAUUCGAAAAGAACGGCUUCCAGAUGGAACAUAUCUUAGAGGAUUGGUCAACUGUUGCAGAGAGCCGGGGAGGGGGGAGAGCGUCCAUCAAUGUCCUAGGGUGGAGGGCACCAACUUGA